AUGGCCACCACAGCCUGUGUUGCCGCCCCCGCCGCUCACCCGGUGCUCCUGCUGCGAUGCCUCCCGUGCUCACCCGCCUGCCUCGCGCGGGGGCCUCAUGUCGGACACGUCGUCGUCCGCUGCAUGGCUCGGCGGCCCGAUGCUUCGUACUCGCCCCUACGGUCGGGGCAGGACGGGGACCGCGUGCCCACGGAGAUGGCACCACUGUUUCCCAGAUGUGAUUACGAGCAUUUGAUCAUCGUCAUGGACAAGCCGAGCGGCAAGGGCGGCGAUGGCGCCACCAAGCAGCAGAUGAUCGGCUGCUACAGCCAUACCCUCACCACGGUCGUGGGGAGCAUGGAGGCGGAGAAGAGGAUGUACAAUGUGUCCCGUGAGUGCUACUUUGGGUUUGGGUGCGAGAUUGACGAGGAAACAUCCAGCAAGCUGGAAGCUGUACUUUUCCAAGGAUUAGAUGUCAACUGA